UAAGUCAACAUAACAUAACUUGAAAUAGUGGCACAUAUAUUUUAUUUCACACACUGUUAAAUAUUUUUUUGUCGUUUUUAAAAGGCUCUAUGUUUAUACCAUGGAGCCCAGAUAGGAUUUAUAUGCACUUGUAUUUCAGUGCUCUUUUCAUUGCACUACGGCUGGCCCUGAUAUGUCGGCGACACAAUAUUUUUGCAGGGCUUGUACUAUACCACAUUUGCAGUUCAAUUCAAAAGGACAACCUCAUCCACGAUGUGAGUGAGACAGCUUCGGGCUGGCCGGGUUACCUGCGAAUACAGGCUUAACUUUCUAUGGCGCUAGCUUAGUAAUCUCACUUACGUGUCCUUUGCUGUUACCACCAAUCUUUUUUGCGCAACAACAGAAUACCGGGAAAACAUUUUGAUACUUUAUAUUGACUUCACUGUAAAAAAGGCAACAUGAGUUACGGAUAUCAGGGACCACCAUCAGUCUUGCCGUUCCAACAACAAAAGCCACCAACGUCAUUUGGUGCUCCACCUGGUGCACCGUCUGCCCCUGGUGCUCCGCCUUAUCCUCAGAGUAGUUCUAUAGGUUUUAAUCCUGGACCUCCGACGUCUUUUGGCAUGCCACAACCUUAUUCUCAAUAUCAACCAAGUCCCUAUCCCCCACAACCAAAUCCUUAUUCGCAGCAACAAAAUCCUUAUCCAGAGCAACUAACUUCUCAUUCACAAUCUAGUUUUCGUCCAUCGUCAGAAUUACAUACAGUACCACACUCAUCACCCUAUCCGCAACCUAACCAGUCUUUUCCGUAUCCUCAACAAUAUCAACAACGUGUAUCCCAAGAAUAUUCAGGCCAUCAGCAGCCAUCUUACAACCAUGAUUUACGGUCGAUAAACCUUUCUGUAUAUCCCAAUUGCCAAAAUGUUCCUGAUGGCUCUAAGCAUUAUGGAGAUAGUGGACCAUCUCGUUAUCCUAAUCAUACAGCUCCCUCCUAUAACCAGACUGUACCUGGAUACCCUGGCGGAAGUUUUCCUGGGGGGCAGGCAAUGGUUGGUGCACAACCAGGUGCUGGUACAAGAUCAGCAGCACCUCACUAUCCUGGGCCAGCCCCCAGGCACCCACAGGUUCAGUCAAAGUUGUCUCCAACGGUUGUACCGGAUCCUAAUUUCAAUGCCAGGGCAGAUGCCGAAGUUCUUAGGAAAGCAAUGAAAGGAUGGGGAACCGAUGAAAAAUCAAUCAUUAAUGUCCUUGCCAAUCGAAGCAAUCUUCAACGCCAAGAGAUUGCAGUACAAUUUAAGACACUUUACGGAAAGGAUCUUAUCAAAGAUCUGAAAUCAGAACUUUCUGGAAAUUUCGAGGAUCUUGUAGUCGCCAUGAUGACACCUUUGCCACAAUAUUAUGCCAAGGAAUUACAUGACGCAAUGUCAGGUCUAGGCACUGACGAAUGCGUUCUAAUUGAAGUUUUAUGUACUAUGUCUAAUCAUGAAAUACGGGUCAUUAAGCAUGCCUAUCAAACCAUGUAUGGCAGAAGUUUGGAAGAUGACCUUAUCGAUGACACUUCCGGUAGCUUCAAACGUCUAAUGGUCUCUCUAUGCUGUGCAAAUCGGGAUGAGACCUUUAAUGUGGAUCCCCCUGCUGCUAUGGAAGAUGCCAAAGAGCUUCUAAGAGCUGGAGAGUUACGUUUUGGUACGGAUGAGUCCACGUUUAAUCAAAUUCUCGUACAGAGAAAUGUUGCCCAGUUAAAACAAAUUUUUGCUGCAUAUGAAAACAUAACUGGCCAUACCAUCGAAGAAGCAAUUGAAAAUGAAUUCUCUGGUGACAUCAAAAAGGGUCUACUUGCCAUUGUCAAAUGUGUGAAAAACAGAGCUGGAUUUUUCGCUGAACAGUUAUAUAAGAGUAUGAAAGGAUUGGGCACUGAUGAUCGACGAUUAAUUCGAUUGGUCGUGACGCGGUCUGAAGUAGAUAUGGGAGAAAUAAAAGAGGCCUUUAGACAACAGUAUGGUCAGACCCUGGAGGAUUUCAUUGCGGACGACUGUUCGGGUGAUUAUAAAAAAUGUCUUCUGGCUCUCAUCUCUUAACAAAGUUUAGUAAAUGGUAUAAUCUGUUUCCUAUGCAUUUACUCGUAUUUGACCUACUCGAUAAUACUGGAAUACCAGUGGUAUUGGACGCUGAAUUUUCAAUUUUGAAUCUUGCGUAGAUUAUAUUUUUUUUUGGAUAUGAUUGACAAUCUUCUCACGCCCUUACUUGAUAUGAUAUUCUUCAUUUAAAAAUUAACGUUAAAAUAUACAUGUAUUAUAUUCACAUGUAACAAUUUAAAGUUCUCCAAUGUCUUCUAGAGUGCCAAUACCGUUCGAAAGUACUUCGAAUCGGUUAUGAUGUGCGCAAAUUUACAAAUUUAUGGUGUUGGAUACACUGUGUUAUAUUAUAUCCUAUUUAUCAUACUUAAUGAGAAUGUAUUGAUUAUGCGUAACUGUUAAAAUAUUGCUAUUGCGAAAUUCAUUAAUU